GAAAAGAGACUCAUUUUGACUCAUAGCUCGAGUGAAAAAGGGACAAAAUAGCAGUGAGUCAGUGAUAGUGGUGGUGGCCCUCGCCAUGGUGCUGCCACCACCAGACAAACGGCACGUCUGUCUUACCACCAUUGUCAUCAUGACCAGCAUGGCCUUCAUGGAUGCCUACCUGGUGGAGCAAAAUCAAGGGCCACGCAAGAUCGGCGUCUGUAUCAUCGUCCUGGUUGGAGACGUGUGUUUCCUCAUAGUGCUCCGCUAUGUAGCUGUGUGGGUCGGAGCUGAGGUACGGACAGCACGUCGUGGUUAUGCCAUGAUCCUCUGGUUUCUCUACAUCUUUGUUUUAGAGAUCAAGCUCUACUUUGUCUUCCAAAACUGCAAGGCUGACCGCAAAAGUCUGGAGACCGUAGCAAGGAAGGCUCUGACUUUACUCCUCUCUGUAUGCGUACCAGGCCUCUAUUUAGUCCUGGUUGCUCUUGACAGCAUGGAAUAUGUUCGGACUUUUAGGAAGAAAGAGGAUAUGAGAGGAAGACUCUUUUGGGUUGCUUUGGACCUGCUGGACUUGCUUGAUAUCCAGGCAAACCUUUGGGAGCCCCAGCGAACAGGUCUGCCCAUUUGGGCAGAAGGGCUGAUGUUCUUCUACUGCUACAUUCUUCUUUUGAUCCUACCAUGUGUGUCAUUAAGUGAGAUCAGUGUGCAGGGAGAAAAUGUGUCACCGCAGAAGAUGAUGCUAUACCCCAUGCUCAGCUUGGUUACAAUCAAUGUGGUCACCAUCCUCAUACGUGGUGUUAAUAUGGUGCUCUUUCAGGACAGCCGGGUCUCCACCAUCUUUGUUGGUAAAAAUGUGGUGGCAAUUGCCACUAAGGUGUGUACCUUCCUGGAGUAUCGGAAACAGUCUCGAGAAUUCCCGGCACGUGAAAAUGCAGCUGGUAUUCCAAUGGAGAUCCAGCAGAACUCGGUGGGACACGGACAGGCUCUGCCAAAUGCAACAAGCCUCCCACAUGAACCUACGCCAGUGCAGGAGAUUAUUGACACAUGA